UCGGAAGAGGCGCUUCCUCUCGCACAGUACGUAGGAAUAGCGCUCCUAAAGAACCAUAAUGUGAAAUGCGAAAUCUUCCAGUACACAAAGAGAUGCUAUAAUAAGGAUAAGGAGGCUCGAUUUGGCAUGGCUUACUACCCAGAAUUUAGACAUUUCUUCGACAACUUCAGGACAAAAAUCAGACUUGACAACAUAGGUCAUGCGCCCUACGAGGCCUAGGAGGCAAUGGACUGUGCUCUGUUCCUUGCGCAUACCCACCCCAAUUUCAAGAGAGAUACUGGUCACCUCAAAGAUGAAUGGCGCACCAUUCCCAUAGCGGAUUACCUUACAACCACAACAUAUUUCCAAGAUCCUUGGAUUGUUAGGACACCCAAAGAAACAGACUCUGAUAUAUAUCAGAUGUUAGAUACUUUUCCUCCGUCUACGGAUGUUACCAAGUUCGGCUUUUCAGCCGCCGCUUUAGCUAUCAAAUUCUUAACAAGUAUUAAAGAGGAAACCCGCGCCUACAUCAGAAAUAUCGUCUUAGAGGAGGAUCAUCCAGCCGUAUCCAUGUCUGCGUCUCAUGGAAUGGGCCUCAUCCCAUUCUGCCAGCACAACCCCCUUCUCCGAAUCGAGCGCCGUGUUCACUUAUGGAGGAAUAUCUUCCUACAGGGCGCUCUUCCGAGGGUCUGCAAAUAUAUUCCCGUAUAUCCUUCCAUACGAGGCCUAGAGACAUUAGACGCCCAUUUAUCGGAAUCGAUGACACGGUCGGUUGCGCUGUGGACCAUGGAGGCCAUGUCACUUGUUAGUGCUCAAAUGCCUAUCGAUUCAUUUUCUCUAGUCUUUCAUGCCGACAGAGCGCCAGAAAAAUGUUCGGAAGUCUUCCAGAACGUCAUAAAACGAGAUGCUACCUGGCAGGCCGCCAUAGAAGAAAACGUAAAGCUUGGUCUUCUAGAGCCACUGGAUUUCUUCCAUAGGCCAUGCAGUACUUUCCCAUUCGAUACAUUCACGGGUUUCCCACAAGCCCUCGAAGAAGCCAUUGCGAAUAAGAAUUUCCCCUUUAUCCGUUGUGACUUCGAUAUCGGCGAAUAUUCCACAUCUGAAGCCAAGAAACUGGCUGAAGAACGCCGUGAAUGGACACUAGAGAUGUGGCGUCUUAAAUGGCUUGAGGUUGGGUUGGUGAAUUGGAACGAUAUCCCCUCACUUCUAGAGGAGAUACCACUUUUCAAGGAACUGCUAUCGGAAUCGUAGCGUUGGAUUUUAUACUUUUGAAUCGGAAUCAUUUGGGUAGGUACAUGAAGCUUUUAUUAUUAUAUCAGCCUACUUGGUACCUAGUUGACAUGAAAAUAGGUAACUAAAACAAUACCUAUGAUAUUAG